CAAGGAGGCAUUUUCAAGCCAAUAUUGCUCCUUGUGUCAAUGCAUUCGCUAGCGCUCUUUGAUCCAGGUGCUGCAAAGACAAUCUCCCAUCGUCAAGGCAUUUUCUACCUUGUACCACAGCAAAUGCGUGAAACUCCUUAGCUUCGGCUAUCCAUAUCCGACCCCUGUCGAAGUUCAGGAGCGACGUCAUUUUCUAUAUUUUUCGUAUCAUCGAUUGUCAAGAGGCGCGCUUAAAAUCCAUUCCAAGUCCUCUCAUAUCUAUAGUACAAGUUCAGACACAACCACGCCGUUGCGAAGGCCAACGAACUAUCUGGAGUACGAGAUUCUCGGACCAUGCGUGCAAACGAAAGCACCGAUUCGGUUGACAACAGUGCCGUCCUCGAGAAGCAAAGGAAUGAAGCAUACGAUGUAGAUGCCCAUCACCCUCUGCGCGAGGAGCCGACCCUCGACAACGACGCCACAGCAGCUCAUUCAACAACCAACCGAGCAGAUCCUGGUCUUGCUCGCCAUGAGACCGUACGCCCAGACUUUGGUCACCGAGCCAGCUUCACAAACACCGUCUCUCGAGUCCCUACAGCCACAAAACCGCCUUCGUUUUCUCGAUUACACGAAAUCCUGUUCGUAACAGUCAUCACUUCGGCACAGCUCCUAACCCAAGCCGCACUCGCUCAAUCAAUCGCGCCUCUUCAUGUGAUCGGCCGCACAUUCAACGCUACAAAUCCGGGGCAAUUAUCAUGGCUGCCAGCUGGCUACUCUUUGACUGUCGGGACUUUCAUUCUCCCUGCCGGGAGAUGGGGCGACUUGUACGGCCACAAGAAGCUAUUUGUCAUCGGAUACUUCUGGUUCGCGCUGUGGUCUCUCGUCGCCGGAUUCAGCGCCUUCUCGCAUUCCUUGAUCUUCUUCGCAUUUUGUCGCGCGAUGCAAGGAAUUGGGCCUGCGAUCAUGCUUCCCAAUGGUAUUGCAGUGCUGAGUCGCACAUACCCGCCUGGACCGAGAAAGGAUAUGGUGCUCAGCCUGUUUGGGGCAACAGCGCCCGCUGGAUUUCUCGUUGGGGCAGUGUUCUCUGGAAUAUUCACGCAGUUCGUGUGGUGGCCAUGGGCGUACUGGGUUCUUGGUAUGGUCUGCGGCCUAGUUGGAAUCAUGGUCAUCUUCGUCGUGCCAAACAUGCCCGUUGCAGGAGGUGCAAGCACGUUCAAAGAACUUGAUGCUACCGGCACAAUCGUUGGCGUGGUAGGACUCGUGCUGUUCAACUUCGCUUGGAAUCAGGGUCCGGCUGCUGGAUGGGAAAAGGUUUACGUUUAUGUCCUUCUCAUCAUCGGCGCUUGUCUGUUGGCGGUCUUUUUCUGGUACGAGAAGCGCCGUGCGCCAUUCCCACUGGUACCGAUGUCCGCUUUCUCACGAGAUACUAUACUGGUCUUCGGCUGCGAAGCCAUGGGAUGGGCCUCAUUCGGAAUCUGGGUAUUCUAUUUAUGGCAAUUUCUCGAACUCCUUCGUGGGCAGAGCAUCCUGCUCACCGCGGCCAUGAUUGUUCCAACCGGAAUAUCGGGCGCAAUCGCAGCGAUCACGACGGGCUUUGUGAUCAGCAAGAUCCAGCCGGGAUGGAUCAUGCUGAUCUCUAUGACUUCGUUUUGUGUCGGGAACAUCCUUCUCGCCACAUUGCCCGUACGUCAGACAUUUUGGGCGCAGACUUUCGUGUCCCUGGUUGUUACGCCAUGGGGCAUGGAUAUGAGUUUCCCGAGCGGUGUGAUUGUGCUGUCAAAUCAUAUGCCGCCUGAGCACCAGGGGUUGGCGGCGAGCUUGAUUAACACGGUCAUCAAUUACAGUAUUAGUAUUGGUCUUGGGAUGGCCGGGACAGUAGAGACACAUGUUAACAAUGGCGGGGUUGAUGAGUUGCACGGGUAUCGGGGCGCAUGGUAUCUCAGUAUAGGUCUGGACGGAAUCGGAAUUUUGUUAGCUGUGUGUUUGAUUUUUUCAUGGAGGGCGACACUGCAAGCAAAGGAGAAAAUGGCGUUGAAAGAGAACCAGGUUUAAUGGCAGUUGUCAGCCUCGCACUUGAGAUAGCAGGCGGGAUCCCCUCGUCAACAUCAGUACUAUCUGUUGAGCACUGAAGCACUCCCUCCAGCCCGGAUUAUCUUUUGGCUGGCAGAUUCACAUGAAGUUGAGAGGGGUCCAGGUGUAUCGAGGUGGAAAGCAGACUCCAUAUCUGCCAGUGCUGCCGCACCCCUGUUGGAUACAGCCUUGGCCUAUUAAGUGGCGCUCGCUUCGAAUCUUAGUAAGCUUCCAGGGUUGUACGAUGAUAAUACUCUUAGAUUUCUCAGCAGCAAGAAUUGUGCUCUCUGCUCGGUCAGUCACCGUGAGGAAAAAGGCAAGUUGUCAUUUGCUGAUAGCAUAAUACCAAAUUCCGUGUCUGAUACAUGCCUUGACAUAGCGGAUAUUAUGCAGCCAGGAAGCGUUACGGCACAUGUAAGAGAAUGCGUUGAGAAUAAAUUUGCAGCGCGAACAGUGGUACUUCAACUCCUCAUCAAUCCAGACGGCUCCCCUUAGUCGUUCUGCCAAAUAGUAUGUCAUCGAAGAUGAUGCAUUG